AUGGAGUCGUCGGUGUCUUCAUUGAUGGAUCACCUCAACGGGGUGGAGACACGCCGUCGUGUUGUCAUGAUGAAGCGCAAGGAGGCGGAGACGCGACUCGCCUUUGCCACUGAGGAGCAGCAGCAGCUGGAACAGCAGAGUGUACAAAAUGAGGCUCGCACGGUGGAGCUUAAGAAGGAGCUGGACCAUCUUCUGGAAGAGCAGCGGCAGCUGCAGCUGCAGGUAAUGGCUGGCAUGGACACAGUUCGCCAGAGUGAGGUGGAAGAGGCACUUCUCAUCGAGCACGUGCGCGGUCAGAUGGAGAAGGCGAGCACCCUCGUGACGACGUGGCGUGGGCACGCACAGGAAUUGGGGGAGGUGCAGCGUUGCUGGGGAAAGGAUGAUGUGGCGGCCCCAAUUCAACAACGCAUCGCGGAACUUGACGCCGAAUUGGUCCGUUUGUGUUCUGAGAAGGAGCGACUGGAACGAGUGAUUAAGGAUAUGAUGGAGGCACAUGCAUUGCGGAACGCCGGCCUCACCGUAGGGGCAACACCACAAUCUGAUACGUGCUCUGCCCAUGUACUACGUGUGGGUGAAGAUAUCGCUGCUAUCCAGUUGAAGGAGCAGUUGGAGGCGGAGCAACGUGAGUUGGAAGAGCUUCGGCUGCAUCAUGCGAGACAAAUGGCGGCGUUAGAUCGCGAAGUUGCGGACUUGACAAGCCGCUCGGUGGAGCUUGGCCAGUGGCUCGCUGACACUAUUGGCUCACGGGAUCAGGCUAUCCAAAGUACCCAGCUUUUGCAGUCAUGCUUAAACAGCGGCGUCUGCGCAUUCUGCCGCCCAUCGUCCUGA